AUGGGAGGAUGCGUGGGGAGAUACUGGGAAGGCUGGGACGACACUCAGAACCGUGGCUCGAACAGGAACGGAGGACGAGGAGGACGUAACGAGCCCCUGAAAAAAGAGCGUCCCAAAUGGAAGAGCGACUACCCAAUGACGGAGGGCCAGCUACGGAGCAAGCGAGACGAGUUCUGGGACACGGCGCCCGCCUUCGAAGGCCGCAAGGAGAUCUGGGAUGCCCUGAAAGCCGCCGCCGUGGCCCUGGAGUGCAACGACCAUGAGUUGGCCCAGGCUAUAGUCGAUGGAGCCAGUAUCACACUGCCACAUGGCACUCUGACAGAAUGUUACGAUGAACUGGGGAACCGCUACCAGCUGCCAGUUUACUGCCUGGCUCCCCCCGUGAACCUCAUCUCAGAGCGCAGCGACGAGGACCCCGGCGACAGCCCCGAGCCCCUCGCCGCACCCAAGAAAGAAUUCCAGCUCAAGGUGCCGACACGAGCGAACCGCGGCGGGCACAAGAAGGGGCGCGCUCGUGUUUCCAGUCAUUCAGUGUCCCAUUCUCCACAGGUGCGACUGUCCACAGGAAAGGACCUUCGUCUGAGCGCCAGCAUGGCCGACAGCAUCGGGCAGCUGAAGAAGCAGCUUCAGGCCCAGGAGCUCAUCGACGUGGGCCACCAGCGCUGGUUCUUCUCCGGUAAGCUGCUCACAGAUAAAACGCGGCUGCAAGACACUAAGAUCCAGAAGGACUUUGUCAUCCAGGUCAUCGUCAACCCGCAGGCCCUCCGAGGCUCCAAACUCUCGCCAACCAGCGCCGCCUCCUCACCCACAUCUGAGUAA